UUCAUACAACGGUCAUAUUGCGAACACAAAUUAGAAAAAAACGUGCGGUGUCGAAUUAAAAUUGCUAGAUUUACCGUGAACCAAGAGGUGUUUUGCCCAUUAUCAGCGAAAACUAUCAGUUGCUGGAAAACAAAGAAAACUGAGCGAUCGCGUUGUUCCGCCCCCCGAAUCUGAAACAAGCUACAACACCACUAAAUUAAUUUAAUUGGAAAAGCGGCCAGACGACAAGGAGGCACAGAAAAUGUCCGUGAUUGGCAUCGAUUUUGGCAACGAGGGCUGCUAUGUGGCGGCGGCCAGGUCCGGCGGCAUCGAGACGCUGGCCAACGACUACAGUCUCCGGGCCACGCCCUCCUUUGUGGCCUUCGAUGGAAAGAAACGUAUCAUUGGCGUGGCCGCCAAGAAUCAGCAGGUGACAAACAUGAAAAACACAGUUGGCGGAUUCAAGCGCCUUCUCGGCCGUAAAUUCAACGAUCCCCAUGUACAACACGAACUCACGAGCAUUCCAGCGCGCGUGGAGGCGCGCGGCGAUGGCAGUAUCGGCAUCAAGGUGAACUACCUGGGGGAGGAUAAGCACUUUGGACCGGAGCAGCUGACGGCGAUGCUCUUCACCAAGCUGAAGGAGACAUCGGCGGCCGCAAUGCAGACGCAGGUUAACGACUGCGUUAUCGCCUGUCCCGCGUUCUUCACCAACGCAGAGCGCCGAGCCCUCCUGGACGCUGCCCAGAUCGCUGGACUUAACGUUCUGCGGCUGAUGAACGAGACGACGGCCACGGCGCUGUCCUAUGGCUUCUACAAGAACGACCUGUUCGAGGAUAAGCCGCGCAACGUGAUCUUCGUGGACUUUGGGCAUUCGGCACUGCAGGUCAGUGCCUGUACCUUCACCAAGGGCAAGCUUAAGAUGCUGGCCAGCACCUGGGACCAGAUCGGCGGUCGGGACAUCGACCUUGCCUUGGCCGACUACUUCUCGAAGGAGUUCCAGGAGCGCUACAAGAUCAACUCAAAGACCAAUGCCCGUGCCAAUCUGCGUUUGCUCACCGAGAUCGAGAAGCUAAAGAAGCAGAUGUCCGCCAACAGCACAAAGCUGCCGCUGAACAUUGAAUGUUUCCUGGAGGACAUCGAUGUCUCGUCCUCCAUGCAGCGUUCGCAGAUGGAGGAGCUUUGCGCUCCCGUUUUCCAGCGCGUCGAGCAGACGUUCAAGCGCCUCCUGGCCGAGUCCAAGCUGCAGCUGGAUGACAUCCACUCGGUGGAGAUUGUUGGUGGCAGCUCGCGCAUUCCAGCCGUAAAGCAGCUUAUCGAACAGGUCUUCAACAAGCCGGCCAGCACUACUCUGAACCAGGACGAGGCUGUUUCCCGUGGUGCUGCUCUACAGUGCGCCAUUAUGUCGCCGGCGGUACGCGUUCGCGAGUUUGGCGUCACAGACAUACAAAAUUAUGCUGUUAAGGUGCUCUGGGACAGUGAGGGCUCUGCCGCUCCCGGAGAAAUUGAGAUCUUUCCGCAGUUCCAUGCGUCGCCGUUCAGCCGCCUGCUGACCAUCAACCGCAAGGGACCGUUCAACGUUUCGAUUGUUUAUGGACAGCAAGUGCCAUAUCCGGAUCAAACGAUUGGUGUGUGGAAGAUCAAGGAUGUGAAGCCGACGGAGCGCGGUGAGGGCCAGGAUGUUAAGCUGAAGGUGCGCAUUAACAACAAUGGCAUCGUGUUGAUCUCCUCGGCCACCUUGGUGGAAAAGAAGGAGGCAGAAGAGGCUGCAGCUGCUGAGCAGGCUGCCAGCGAGGAGAAGCUAGCCGAGCAGGCCGGAGGAGCCAAUGCUGCCGGUGAACCCACGGACGGCCAGCAGGAGGCAUAUUGUGAGAAUGAGGAUGAUAAUAAUACAUCAACAGCCUCAUCACCUGGCGGACAAGGGUGGGCACAGCGGGUCAAGGGCUGGUUUAGUUCGGGCACGGAUAAGAAGAAGAAGGCCUCCAAGGCCACCGAACUGCCCCUGGAGUGCACCACCCACGGCUUCAGCCCCAUUGAUCUGGGCAACUAUACACAGCAGGAGUCGAAAAUGAUUGGAAACGAUCAAAGGGAGACGGAACGCAUCGAUGCCAAAAAUGCCUUGGAAGAGUUUGUGUACGAUAUGCGCAAUAAGCUGCAGGACGGACCUUUGGAGCGAUUCGUGGUGGAGUCGGAGCGCGAGGCUAUUGUGGCCCAGUUGAAUGAUCUCGAAAACUGGCUAUACGAGGAUGGCGAGGACUGCGAGCGCGAGACUUACACCAGCCGCCUGCAGGCCCUACAUCAGAAGACGGAUCCCAUCAAGGUGCGCGCCAACGACUAUGAACUGUGCCCGGCUGUCUUCGAGGAGCUGAAGGGCAGCAUUGCCAUUGCACGCUUGGCGGUGGCCGAGUUCCGCAAGGGUGUGCCCAAGUACGAUCAUCUAACGGAAACCGAGUUCAUCAACAUCUCGGAGACGGCGGACAAGGCGCAAAAGUGGCUGGACACUCAUCUAUCCAAGUUCGCACAGUCGCCGCGCACCGCCGACAGUCCCGUUCAGGUUUCCGCCGUGCGCCAUGAAGUCCAAACACUAAAUGCAUGCGUUAGCUCGGUGAUUAACCGGGCGAAACCGAAACCGGCUCCCAAAACGGCAACACCGCCCAAGGACGGAGAGGCCAAUGCGGAACAGAAUGGCGGCGAGCCGACAAAGGGCGAUAAAAUGGAUGUGGAUAACAAUGCGCAGAGUGCGGCAGGCAACGAUCCCUCCAUGGAUGUGGAGUGAGCUACGGCUCCCCUCCCGUCAACCCGGUUGUCCGGCUAUCCGCGGUAUUGGCCUAACGUUAAUGAUAAUAAUAAUAAUAAUAAUUACGAUAACUUAAACGGUAAACAUAUAUGAGAAACGACCUUUGUAUAUGCACCACCACUGGCUUCAGGACUAGCAGAGUAAACGAGAAACCAACAAAAUCAAACAGCAAAAUGCGAAAAUUCAACCAACCAAUCGUAACUAGCGUAAGAUUAAUUCGAUUAGAAGCAAAUGCAGCCGCUGGGUGGAUCCAGAAGAGAAGGAUGUGAGGAGAAGGAACGAUAAAUAGUAGAACAAAAACGGAGGAGUGAAAGGGAAGGGAGUGGAACACACCUACUGCUGCUGCUGCUGCUGCUUGCCGAGUGGACAAUGCAAAAACGAGAAGAAGUAAAAACAAACAAACCUAAACCAAUUUCUAAUCGACCAUUUUUCAUAUAUUUGAAUAACAACCAACCAAGCGACACUAAAAGAAUGGAAUUCAAAUAAUCAAAUAAAAACUAUGAUGAUUCCAAUUUGAAA